AUGGUUGCUUCAUUCUCACCACACCGUGAGGCCGGUGGUACUCUCCAUCUUCCUUCGCCAAAUGGUAUUCACCAUGUCACCCCCAGUUCUGCCAUCAAACAGCUACGACGCUCACUCUCCAGAUCCCCCUCCAAAAACAGCGAUUUCCGUCUUCUCUCUCGACCUCACUCGCCAUCCACCAAAAAUACACAUUACAUCUCGUCCCCGCUCUCUCCCUCUCGUCGCGUGUCUCAGGGAAAUCUCUUCCUAGUUCCUGUCACUUCUACGCCUUCACCUUUAGCGAUCCCAUAUCCGCCCAGCGCAAGAAUUACAAGACCCGGAAUCCGUCGAACGGGGAGCUUUCAACCUACUAGGACUCGUACUACGCCAACCAGUCCCGUGAAGCGCAUCCUGAGCGACUCUCGUGAUAACGGAAAUGUUCUCCUACCCAAAUCGAUCGGGGAAAAAGGCGCUGAUGAACAAACCCAUCUACAGCGUUCACCUAUACCGAUCAGCAGAAGCCCUGAACUUGGCCCCGGCGAGAACAUGACUAACCAAACUUCAGAUAACACCCUGAUGCAGAUGCCGUCUUCAAGAAUCGAAAAACGACGGAGCGGCACGUUUGGGUCAUUCACGUCAACUUCCAGCCCCUUAAAACGGAGCGACGUCAUUAAGAGUCUUGAGCACACUCCUCUGGGAAGUCCUUCGGCCAAACGACGAAGUCUGCAUGGCGCCAGUUGUGGUCAGGAGUUAAACUUUUUCGAUGGUGAACAUAACAUGGGAUCAACAACAACGGCGGAUAAACCCGACAAUGAUACACCCGUCUCCAGUUUCGUUCAAACAUCAUGCAAUUUUUCGGUGAUACCGAAACGUUCGUCAUCCCUCAGGAAAUCUACUCUCCAGCAACGCCAGUCAGAGCGAUCUCUGUUCUCUCGCGCCAAAGUUGGUGGUGAGAAUGAGGCUGAAUCUCGUCCAAAUAGCCCAAUGGCUCUUCGCAAUCGUCAACGAACGUCUGUGGACAGCCAAUUAUUUCUUCCGGCAUCUCACGACGGAUCCUCCGGACCUGCAUCUCAGGGUGUUGGUUCCCCCAGGCCACUUUUCACCUUACAUCGUACAAACAGUCAACCAAUUAACAAUCCACAAGCUGCCCAUCCGCUCUCAAGAACGCUUACUCAGUCAUCAUCUGACUCUAGCCUUGUUGACGAUUCGCCGACUCAUGAAUCAAUCAAUAAGUUCGAACACCCGAGACCCAUUCUAAAUUUCUCGAAGUCACUUCCAGCUGGUUCGACCAGACCAAUUGGGCCUAGUCAGCUUCGUCAGGAGAGCUCAACUUCAUCUAUGGAAUCGUUCGCGACGCCUGAAAACUAUAAACUUGUGAAACCCCUCCCCGCAGCGUUUUUGUCUACAGGCCUCAUCUCGAAGAAGAAUCGGAAUAUAGACGAUGUGCAUAAUGCAUCCAUUACCAGCCAAAAUAUGCCCGACACACCGUGCAAACGGUCACUCAAUAUGUUCCCAGGUGUGCAUAAGCCAUUGCCCCAGAGAACAACCGAGAAGGCGAGUUCUAAUCGGCAUUCAUCAGUAACCCCUUGGACCCCCUUUAGCCAACAGGAGCACACAGCAACCCCUAACCCCGGCCCGUUUUCCAAAGGAAUGGGUAUAUUUGGCAGUUCUUAUGGCAGACCUCCACUCUCACGCCGCGGGAGCUUCGCCAGCGUGGAUGGAGAUGAAAUUCCCCAGUCCCAGUCUCCGUCUAGAAAUCAUGAUACCCAAUAUACUAUCGACUCCGACCUCCCCCCUACCCCAACAAAGCAAAAAUUCUUCCCCCAUGGCAGCCAUUUCUCUAAAACCCGACCGCACCGCCCGACCCAUAGUCAAACACCCUCAUUUGACUCAUUAUCUGGCCCCUCUGGACCGUGCUGUAAGUUGUCUUUCGUUGAACAUUCAUCACCCACUAUGAAUGAAGAGAAUGACAGCGAUAUGGAUGACUCCCCUUCUGCUGGUGUGGCCCAUAAUUUCAAACAGCGCCAGUUUCCUGUUAUCUCUUCUAUCCCAAGAUCUCACCUUGUGCAGAAUCUUAAUUCACCCUCUCCACACCCGAGGCCGUCAUUUCCUACGCUGUCUCCUAUCAAAUGUCCUCAGUUUAGAAAUGCUAAAUUUAAUCCCACCUUAACAGCAAGCCCACUCGGCAACAAAUCAUUACGACGAGACUCCCCCCAUACUCCACAAGAUAAUAUUAUUCCCCCGGAUCCCAGUGGAUUGUCAAUAUCAGCUCAAGGAGACCAGCGCGCAAACCCUCAUGAUCUCCACUCGUCCGCGCUGCCAGCAACACCAACCGCUCCUCGAGAGUACUUCGCUCAAUUGGGUAAAUGGCAAAGCCUUUCCUUGGGGCCCUACAACGCGCCAGAGGUGGACCCAACCCUCACUUCUCGUUUUGAGAAAGUUGAAUUAGUUGGGACAGGCGAAUUCUCUCAGGUCUACCGCGUUACCGAGAAACAGUCAACGACGCCGUUUGGGUCCCCAUUCCCGCAAUCAUCUUUCUCACAGGCCUCUGAGAAGCUGGUCCGAUCAGCCUCUCGCGCUGAGCGCGUGUGGGCGGUGAAAAAGUCCAAGCAGCCCUAUACAGGCCCAAAAGAUCGCGAGCGUCGGAAUCACGAAGUUGUUGCCUUGAAAGCGUUGGCUGGCUGUGAUUAUAUCAUUUCUUACGCAGACAGCUGGGAGGCCAACAAUUUCCUUUAUAUCCAGACGGAAUUUUGCGAGGAGGGAAGCCUUGACGUAUUCCUUGCACAGGUUGGGCUAAAGGCCAGACUUGACGACUUUAGGAUUUGGAAAAUAUUGCUUGAAACUAUCGUUGAUUUGAAACCGGCAAACAUUUUAAUCACCUUCGAAGGUGUCCUCAAGAUCGCAGAUUUUGGGAUGGCAAGUCAUUGGCCAGCUGCUGCAGGCAUUGAAGGAGAAGGGGAUCGCGAAUAUAUUGGCCCUGAAGUCCUCAUGGGGAAUUACGACAAGCCUGCUGAUAUAUUUGCUUUGGGAUUGAUUGUGUUCGAAACGGCAGGCAACGUCGAACUUCCUGACAACGGCGCAUCGUGGCAGAAGUUGAGGAAUGGCGAUAUAAGCGAUGUUCCCAGUUUAACGUGGAGCCUUGAAACCAGCAAUGUUCUGCGGGAUGCCUCUGGCAAUCCACUCCCUGAAGAACGCUCCUUCGAACAAUUAUGUUCCCCCAUCUCUGAUGAUCAGCAGUUUGGCGACCCAUCAUUUGCCGUGCUACACGAUGGCAAUGGCCAUAUAGAUUCAUGUCAUAAACACUCGCCAUAUUCUCGGAGUGGUGAGCUUGCUGAACCUCCCGAUUUUAUGGUCGAUGCCACGAACGAACAGUCACUAGACACCAUAGUUCGAUGGAUGAUAUCACCUGACCCAGCCGAUCGGCCCACUGCGGAUCAAAUUCUUCAGAUAUACGGCGUGCACUGGGUAGAACGGCGAAGGCGGGCUGGAGCCACCAUCUAUGAAGGGAACUGGGGUCCUGCAGAUGAGGUUCUGGCGGAAGAUGCGGAGAUGAUCGAUGUUUAA